AUGGUUGAUAGGGUAGGCUUGAGAAGAUUCCAAUCACACCUAUCUGCAGCUACUGAUACGAACAUUCCUACAGUGGGCCAGAAACAUUUCAUUAAGGACUGUGUUGAUGGGGUCGAGUAUAAGAGAAUUACAGACAAGUGGGUCAUUCGAGAUGAUCCCAACACUAUUUGCCUCACCAUUAGUGCUGGCACUGAUGGUGGCUCUGUCAACAAGUCCAACUCUAAAUCCAUCAAUCCUCUCUUCUUUUGGAUAAAUGAGAUUGGAUUGAAACACAGAUUUUCCUAUCCAUUGACUUCAUUGGCAGCAUAUGCAAACCACAAAAUACCCUAUCAAAUACUCUUGUCCAAAUUUAUAGAUGAACUCAAUGAAUUGGACAAGGGUUUGACUAUUGUUACCAAGGGAGGAUGUAAAUUCUUUCUAAAAGUUCGCCUCUUUCAAAUGAUUGUCGAUUUGGUUGCUGCAAAAGAUCUCUUGCAAAUCAAUGGUCACUCGGGCCUGUGUGGUUGUAGAUGGUGUCUACAUACAGGAGAAAAGAAGGGAGAAAACACUGGUGUAUUGUAUUGUGUAGGAAAUUCGAGUUGUAAUAGUGGAGUCAAUAGAGUUUGGAAUAACAUGAUGCCACAGUUUUGCAAGUUGCAAAAAAAUGAGAUUUCUUCCUUCGAUGGUGUGAUUGGCAUUUCAAUUCUCCUCAAGCUCAGCUAUUUUAGAUGGACUACUCAGGUAGCCUGUGAUAUUUUGCACAAUCUUUUAGAGGGUCUUUGUAAAAAGAUUUUGAAGAAUAUUUGUUCAUUGUACAAGACUUUAAUUCCCAGCAUUGAUGAACGCAUCAAACUUAUUGAAACUCCAUCCAUGUAUCACAGAGAGAUUCGUUCCUUGAAUGAGGCUGCAAAGUUCAAAGCUAUUGAAUACUACAUGUUGUUUGCCUAUUGUAAGGAUGUUUUCAAGAAUAUUAUUUCUGAAAACCACUUUAACAUUUUAAAAAGUGUCGAAACUUUUAUAGGACUCAUCAUGAAUCCUAGUGAGAAGAGUGAGCAAGCCAAGGCAAGUCUAUUGCAAAUGGCAUUCAACUUGCUGCGAAGUGUGGAAAUUGAAUUUGGUGAGGAGGAUAUUACAAUGGCCUCUCAUACUGUUCUUCACUUUCCAUUAUCGAUAUGGAAUUUGGGCCCUCUCUAUACCAACUCUACGUUCAUGUUGGAGGAUUUGAUGGGCUCUCUUACUUCCUCCAUCUAUGGAGGAAAGGCCAACAUGGAUCAUAAGGCUUUGGAGAAUUGGUCCAUUCAUCAAAUGACCAGUUUGAAAAGGGUGAGACAAUUCACCUUCCAAUACGAACAUGGUUUGUAUCUUUUUUUUUCAAAGGUUGCUGACACUCAUAAUGUUUAG